UCUCGUCUUUUCUCUAUGGUUUCCCUAGUCCUCCGGGUACGGUUGUCUAUUCCUUCCCUCCUCAUUUCCGGUUUCUCUCUCGCUUUUCGAUCUCUAUGGUGGUGCUUCCUCUUCUUUCCUCCGAUCUCCUUCCGGUGGGCUUCCCUCUCCUGCUCUUCCUUUCCUGUGUUGACCAAGAAGGCCUUCUCUGCCCAGUCCAAACCACGAGCGCCCAAGGGAAAGGAGCAUUCUUUGGGGCCGCAUUUCUCACGACGGGAAACAAUUCAACCUCUAGUGGAUAUUGAAGAAUUUGGGAUUCCAAAGUGCAGCAAGGAAAGCAGUCAUAGAGGAAGAAGAAAUACUCCGAAGGUGCCGAUCUGGCUGAACUCUUCACCUCACUCAGAGUUCAGAAAGGGAAACAUGGGGAAAGAAGCAUAUAAAUGUACUGAAUGUGGAAAGAGCUUUGCUAGGAGCGGAAACCUACAGUUACAUCAAAGAAUUCACAUUGGGGAGAAACCCUAUAAAUGCCUGGAGUGUGGAAAGAGUUUUACUCACAGUAAAGGUCUACGUUCACAUCAAAGAACUCACACUGGGGAGAAACCCUAUAAAUGCCUGGAGUGCGGAAAGAGCUUUGCUCAGAGCGGAGCUCUACGUUCACAUCAAAGAACCCACACUGGGCAGAAACCUUAUGAAUGCCAGGAAUGUGGAAAGAGCUUCACUCAAAGUGAAGGUCUACGCUCACAUCAAAGGACUCACACUGGGGAGAAACCCUAUGAAUGUCCAGAGUGUGGAAAGAAAUUCUCUCAGAUUGGGAGUUUGCAUUACCAUCAGAGAACUCACAGUGAUGAGAAACCCUAUACAUGCCUGGAGUGCGGAAAGAGUUUUGCUCAGAGUGGAAAUUUGCAUUCACAUCAAAGGAGUCACACUGGGGAGAAACCCUUUAAAUGCCUGGAAUGUGGAAAGAGCUUUCCUCGGAGCGGAGCUCUAUGGGCACAUCAAAGAAUUCACACUGGGGAGCAACCUUAUGAAUGCAAGGAAUGUGGAAAGAGCUUCACUCGGAGUGGACAGCUACAUUCACAUAAGAGAAUCCACACUGGGGGGAAACCCUAUACAUGCCCAGAGUGUGGAAAGAGUUUCACUUGGAGUGUACUGCUACGUUCACAUCAAAGAACUCACACUGGGGAGAAACCUUAUGAAUGCCAGGAAUGUGGAAAGAGCUUCACUCGUAGUUCAGUUCUAUAUUCACAUCAAAGAACUCACACUGGGGAGAAACCCUAUGAAUGUCCAGAGUGUGGAAAGAAAUGCUCUCAGAUUGGGAAUUUGCGUUCACAUCAGAGAACUCAUAGUGGUGAGAAACCCUAUACAUGCCUGGAGUGCGGAAAGAGUUUUGCUCGGAGCAGACCUCUACGGUCACAUCAAAGAACUCACACUGGGGAGAAACCUUAUGAAUGCCUGGAGUGCGGAAAGAGUUUUGCCUGUAGUAGUCUACUACGUUUACAUCAAAUAAGUCACAGUGGGGAGAAAUCCAUUAAAUGCUUUGAGUGUGGAAAAAGCUUUGUCCACAUUGGAAGUCUACGUUUGCAUCAGAGAAGUCACACUGGGGAGAAGCCCUAUAAAUGCCUGGAGUGCGGAAAGAGCUUUGCUCGGAGUGGAGCUCUGCGUUCACAUCAAAGAAUUCACACUGGGGAGAAACCUUAUGAAUGCAAGGAAUGUGGAAAAAGCUUCACUCGCAGUGAAGGCCUACGUUCGCAUCAAAGAACUCACACUGGGGAGAAAUCCUAUGAAUGUCCAGAGUGUGGAAAGAGAUUCACUCAGAGUGGAAAUUUACAUAAACAUCGAAGAACUCACACUGGUGAGAAACCCUAUGAAUGUCCAGAGUGUGCAAAGAAAUUCACGCAGAGUGGACAUUUACAGACACAUCGAAGAACUCAACACUGUUGAGAAACCCUAUAAAUGCCUGGAGUGGGGAAAGUGCUUUGCUCAGAACGAAAUGCUACGUUCACAUCAAAGAACUCACACAGGAGAGAAACCUUAUGAAUGCCAGGAGUGUGUAAAGAACUUUGUGCAGAGUGCAGAAUUAUAUUCACACCAAAGAACUCACACUGGGGAGAAACCCUAUAAAUGCCUGGAGUGCGGAAAGAGUUUCUCACAAAAUGGGAGUCUGCACUUACACCAAAGAAAUCACAGUGGUGAGAAACCCUAUAAAUGCCUGGAGUGUGGAAAGAGUUUCUCACAAAAUGGGAGUCUGCACUUACACCAAAGAAAUCACAGUGUUGAGAAACCCUAUAAAUGCCUGGAGUGCGGAAGGAGUUUCCCUUGCAGUGAAGAUCUACGCAAACAUAAUCAAACUCACACUAGGAAAAAACUGUAAAUGCCUGGAAUGUGAAAAGAGCUUCAGUGAGAGUGAAGCAUGCAACUUAAAAUACAGAAAUAUGCAAACAUUAAAA